AUGUCUGCCCCGCAGGAGCUCGUCCCGCAAACAGAAUCCAUCGCGGAGGUCUACGCGACCGACGAUGCCUCCGUGAGCUCGGUUGCCCCAGAGCACCAGCAGCGCUGGACCGGUCUCAUUACCAAGUUCAACAAGGAGUACAACCAUCGCCCUGACUUCGUGGCCCGCAGUCCCGGCCGUGUCAACAUCAUCGGAGAGCACAUCGACUACUCCCUCUACGAUGUCCUCCCGACCGCCGUCAGCGUCGAUGUGAUCAUGGCCGUCAAGGUCGUCCCCGCUGGUCCCUCCGGCUCGACCGUCAAGAUUGCCAAUGUCGCACCGGAAAAAUUCCCCGCGCGCGAGUUUAGUGUCCCGCACGACACUGAUAUCGAGAUCGAUCCUAAGAAGCACGAGUGGGUGAACUACUUCAAGGCCGGCCUGCUCGGCGCUUUGAAGUUCUUGCGCAAGGAGAAUGCUGGCUCGCUGGUCCCUGUUAGCAUGGAGAUCCUGGUCGACGGCAAUGUGCCCCCCGGUGGUGGUAUUUCUAGCAGCGCUGCCUUCGUGUGUGCUAGUGCCCUGGCCGUCAUGAAGGCCAACAACCACAACGUGUCGAAGCAGGAUCUCUUGGAUCUCGCUGUUGUUUCCGAGCGUGCUGUCGGUGUCUACUCUGGCGGUAUGGACCAAGCUGCCUCCAUCUUCUCGAAGCGCGGCUUCCUCCUCUACACCAAAUUCUACCCCCAAUUCAAGGCCCAACACAUCCCGAUCCCCAAGGCCACCGACGAAAUCACCUUCCUCAUGGCCCAGAGCUUCGUCACCUCCAACAAAGCCGAGACCGCCCCGCGACACUACAACCUGCGCGUAGCCGAGGUCACCCUGGCCGCCGUGAUCCUAGCCAAGAACUUCGGUCUGACCCUGCCCAAGGACAACAGCUCGCUGGGCUACAGCCUCCGCAACUUCCACGAAGAGCUGAUGACCAAGGAAGAGCGCCUGCACGACCCGCUGGAGUACCAGAUCGACUCCGUCAUCCAGGCCGUCCAGGACGUACUCACCAAGGAAGAGGGCUACACUCGCGAGGAGAUGGCCACCCUGCUGGACAUCAGCGUCGCCGAGCUGGAGUCCAAGUUCCUGUCUUCAUUCCCAGUGCAGGCCGAGCGGUUCCUCCUGCGCCAGCGUGCGCUGCACGUCUACAAGGAGGCUCGCCGUGUGUUGGACUUCAAGGCUUGCCUGGCCAAGGCGUCCAAGCUCGAUGACAAGCGUAUCCGCUAUUUGGGCCAGCUGCUGAACGAGUCGCAGGAGUCGUGCCGUACCGCUUAUGACUGCAGUGCUCCCGAGGUUGAUGAGAUUUGUACUAUUGCCCGCAGCGCGGGUACGUGGGGUAGUCGCUUGACUGGUGCGGGUUGGGGUGGCUGCACUGUGCACAUGCUGCCUCAGGGUAAGGUUGACGCUGUCACGACUGCCCUGCGGAACGAGUACUAUCUCAAGAAGUUCCCUGAUAUGAGCGAGGAGAAGCUGAAGCAGGCUAUGGUUAUCAGCAAACCGUCUAAUGGCUCGUUUGUGAUUUUCGGUGCUGCUAUUGACGAGGUUACCCUGUGA